UUUUCCGUUCACUUCUUGGUGCCGCUCAUUUUUUCGCUGCUUGGUCGGCUGGUGAGUUGGAAUUGAUCUCCGUUCCACUUCCGAUCGACUCGCCGGAGUAAAAUCCGGCUGUCUGCUGCUCCUUAAUCCCGGCCGAGUUCUUAAAGUACCUUCGUCGCCAUCGUCGUUUCCGCGGAGAUGACGAGUCCGGACAAUCUCUUCUCCUUGAGGAACAACUUCUAUCUUGGGGCAUACCAAGCGGCAAUCAACAAUAGCGACCUACGGGGACUCUCUGAGGAGGAAUCCAUCGAGAGGGAUUGCAUCGUCUACAGAUCCUACAUUGCUCAAGGCAAACUUCGGUUGGUUACCGACGAGAUCGACGAGUCUGCUCCAACUGCGCUUCAGGCGGUGAAACUCUUGGCGCUUUAUCUGUCUGGUCCGCAGCACAAGGAAAGUGCAAUUUCAAGCCUUCGUGAGUGGCUAGAUGAUUCUGCCAUAGGAAACAAUCCUGUUCUGCGAUUGGUUGCUGGGAUUAUUUAUAUGCAUGAGCAAGACUACAAUGAAGCCUUGAAGCAUACCCACUCUGGAGGCACCAUGGACUUGCUUGCUCUGAACGUUCAAUUGUACCUUAAGCUGCAUAGGUCUGACCAUGCUGAGAAACAAUUAAAGCUUAUGCAGCAGAUCGAUGAGGAUCAUACACUCACACAACUUGCUAGUGCAUGGCUAAAUUUAGCUGUGGGGGGUUCAAAGAUACAGGAGGCGUAUCUGAUCUAUCAGGAUUUUGCAGAGAAGUAUCAAGUGACAAGCUUAAUCUUGAAUGGAAAAGCUGUCUGCUGCAUGCACAUGGGGCGUUUUAUUGAGGCUGAGCAACUUUUACUUGAAGCUCUGAACAAGGAUGCCAAUGAUGCAGAAACUCUAGCAAACCUUAUUGUGUGCUGUCUGCAUCUUGGAAAGUCAUCAACACGAUACCUUAGCCAACUAAAGUUGUCACACCCUGAUCAUACACUUGUCAAACGAGCCUCUGCUGCGGAGGAGAAUUUUGACAGGGCUCUUCAGUCUGUAGCAUGAUAAAGUUUCUGGGAUUGAAAGUCUUGCAGGUUGCGGCUGAAGCAGCAUGUUCGCUUGAGAAAAUUAACGAAGAACAGUCGAUUGUCUCUAGCCUUCCUUAUUUGCAGUAAAUUGUUGUUUGCUCAUUGUUUUGUUAUGACUGUCAUGUGAAAUGCAUAGCCGACUAGUGUAGCAUCAAACGUGAACACUUUGUAUUUUACAACGAGAGAAAGUUUUCUUGUAGUGUUCUUUCUUUCAA